CAGGCUACCCUCGCCAACCUUCUCGGGCCGCCUGUCCUUGUCAGCCGCCGCUGCUCAUCGCCACCCGCCCAGCCGGGCCCGCCGCAGGCCUGAGAGAGAGGCGGGAAGGAUGCCCUGCACACCCCGCCGCUGAGGGAGACUCGGGGGCCCUGACCGCCGCGUCUGGCCAGCCCCACCCCAGCCGCUCCUUGGUCCUUCGCGUCCAGAGGCAGGGAGCUUCCUUCUCCCUUAUCCCCCUUUCCCUGGGCUUCCUAUCUUCUGGGCUGGGCACUAGCCGCUUCCUCCUAGCCCCCAGCCCGCUCCGCCUCCCAGGCCUCCUUGCCCAGGCCUUCCCUUCUCCGGAUCUCUUCCUCCGCCUGGGCCUUCGGGCUCUUCACCUUCCUUCCCCCCCUCCCUUCCCCUUCCCCGCUCGGAGCCAUGUCCUCCGCCGCUCGUUUCGAUUCGUCGGACCGCUCCAGCUGGUACGUGGGCCCGGUGUCUCGGGCGGAGGCGCAGACGCGGUUGCAAGGGCAGCGGCAUGGCAUGUUCCUGGUGCGGGACUCGUCCACCUGCCCGGGGGACUACGUGCUCUCGGUGUCCGAGAACUCCCGGGUUUCCCACUACAUCAUUAACUCCUUGCCCAACCGCCGCUUUAAGAUCGGCGACCAGGAGUUUGAGCACCUGCCCGCCCUGCUGGAGUUCUACAAGAUCCACUACCUGGAUACCACCACCCUCAUCGAGCCUGCGCCCAGGUAUCCAAGUCCACCAAUGGGAUCUGGAUCUGCCCCUGCUAUGUCCACUGCAGAAGAAAAUGUGGAGUAUGUUCGGACUCUCUAUGACUUUCCUGGCAAUGAUGCUGAGGAUCUUCCAUUUAAAAAGGGCGAGAUACUGGUAAUUGUAGAGAAGCCAGAAGAACAGUGGUGGAGCGCCAGAAACAAGGAUGGUCGGAUUGGGAUGAUUCCUGUUCCUUAUGUAGAAAAGCUAGUCAGAUCUUCUCAUGGGAAGCAUGGAAACAGGAAUUCCAACAGUUAUGGUAUUCCAGAACCUGCCCAUGCUUAUGCUCAGCCUCAAACCGCAAGUCCCCUUCCCUCAGUAUCCAGUACACCUGGAGCAGUGAUCAAUCCUCUGCCAUCAACACAGAAUGGACCAGUCUAUGCCAAAGCUAUCCAAAAGAGAGUACCCUGUGCUUAUGACAAGACUGCGCUGGCAUUAGAGGUUGGAGAUAUUGUGAAGGUUACAAGGAUGAAUAUAAACGGUCAGUGGGAAGGAGAAGUCAACGGUCGAAAAGGGCUCUUCCCAUUCACGCAUGUCAAAAUAUUUGACCCUCAAAACCCAGAUGAGAACGAAUGAUUCCCUCUGCCCGAUUUACACUGCUGCUUCAUUUUCCUGGCUAUCAUUAGCAUUGUUUGAGGUGGGAUGAUGACUUAAUGGCACAUUGCUAGCAUUGCCCAUUUUCCAGCUUGCUGCAGUUUGACGGUUCUUUUAAUAUACAUUUGGAAUACAUACAACUGAAGUCACUGCCUGACCUUCAUACCAUAGUUGCGUCAUCCAGAAUUUAGUUUCACUUUUAAAACUCUAUUGGGCCUUAAGCUGAGGAAGACUGAAACAGUAUAUAGCAGAGAAGUAUGGGAAGGAAACCUUUCCUGUUGAGACUUCAUGGACUUUUUCUGGCUUGCUUAGUAGGAAGAGCCCUAAUCUUAGAUCAAACAUGCAACUUGUGCAUUACUGUCCAACAAAAAGCAACAACAAAAAUGCAAUUUUAGGACUGAAGACGACUUAGUUUUAAGAGAACCUGUCCUAAGGUAGUACAUUUAAAAUGAUGGUCUCUUUAAAGGACAAUAAUUGAAGCUUAUGUAUUCUAAGCAGUUGUAUUAGAAGCUGCUCUUUUCUGUUAACUCUUAAGCUUGUUGUUGACCUUCCUGAAACAGUGUGUGUUAAAUGCAAAUAACCAUUGAUUGAGCUGCAUUGAAGCUGAGGCAUUUAUUUAUACGGAAACUAAGGAGGGGUUGAUACCUGUAACCUGUUUUGACAUACUUAAUGCAUUUCUGUUGAUUUUUGCAAGCACUAACUGUAGAAAGUGAGCUUUAAAGGGAAACACUUUGGCCUGGUCUACAUACAGCUCUUCUGCAGUGUUGAAAGUGUAGUUUUACUAGUAUAGAAGUGCUUGUCACCAAGCUGUUACUUGGUAGACGGAUUGAUCAGAUUGCCAUGGUGUGGAGAGGUAGGAAAGAAGUGGGACAGAAGAACUUGGUAAAUACUGAUAAAAUCUUCAUAUUUAAACAUACACCUUUUAUACCCAUUUCUCUGCAGGCUCCCUUAUCUCUCUAAAGUUUCCUAGCUAUGCCAGCCCCAGCUUGUUGAAAGCUCCUUUUCAAACACAGUACCUUUUUUCUAGGGUGUCUCCAUGUUGCUGUGCUUCUUUUCCAGAGCUGCUUUCAUCUUCUUUUUUUUCCUCCUGCUUUUUCCUUGUGUGCAUCCCAAGUCCUCUGCAUGCUGCCAUCUUUUUUUACCCUUCCAAAUGAGUUGGCUCUGGUUUAUAUAUGCCCCAGAUCCCUCCCCCUCCCAGCAUCCUCUAGAAAAUGGUUAAUUUGAGUCAGCUGCCUGGGUUCCCCCAUGUGAUAAAUAAACGCUCAGGCUGGAGGAGGCCACAAAGGUGUCUAUUAUCAGUAUAGCUUCUUUCCCUUUUUCUGUACGUAAGCUAUACUGCUGUAAUUGUACUUACAGUAGGGAACUAUAUGGCUGCAGCUAAAUAAGUACAAUUCAUGCCAUGCAGGUUAAGUCCUUAGCCUGUGUACAGGAUAUGAAAGCUUAGGUACAGUUGUAUCCUGUGCCGCCGCCUUUAAAUGUGUUUUGUAGGUGAACUGGAAUGCUCUUUUUAAAAUAAUGGAACACUGAAUUAACAGAAUACACGUUUGCAAAGACUACAACUACAAAACCUCCCUUUUCAGACAGCUUGGUUAAAGAAAGGUGUCUGUUGUGGAAGCUGACAGGAAAACAGCAGCCCCUAUUUUUCAACUUUUGAAGGCUGUCAAUUGUAGCAAAAUGAGAAACUUCAGACACCCGCAGAAUCUCACCAGUUCUUAUAAAUGUCAAAUUAUAUAAAAGUUGUUGUCUUAAGUUCCAGCAUGUUUUCUUGUUGAUUUGUGUCGCUUGAUCCUAAUAAAAGCACAUUGUUCUUAGCUCAUGUGAAAGUGCCAUGAGAUCCUUAAUUGGAAAGCACUGAAGAAAUGCAAAAAUGGCAUUUGCAACAAGACAUUCAAAAUGCCAGGGUUUUUUAAAGAAGUCUCUCCGUUCAUCUAUGAGCUAUUUGCUGUGGUAUUGAUCAAGUGGCUGACAGUCUAGAAGUUCUUGUAGAGCGUUUUACUACCAAAUUAACUGUGAAGUAGAGUAGCAUUGACUGAAGUGUUUGGUGCUGUAAGAGUAAUUCUUGACAAUAGGCAUUGACAUCUUGUCUUGCAAAGAAAAGCUAUGCAGCUCUCUUAACUAAAGAAGGUCAUGCUUUUUCUGUUCCCCAACUGUACCUGUAAGUUUACUACACAGAUUGUACUACUGAAAGUCAUCUUUUGAAUACAGAAACUGCACUAAACUCAGUCUGCUGCAGAGAAAUCUUAUUUCAGACCCGACCUAGUUACAGGCAGCUCUUCAGAAGACUGAUUGUGGAAUUCUUCCUUUGCAUGGUAAAUAAAUACUGUGAGAUUUGAGAUCUUGAACACAGCUUUUAACGUGGAUUUUUUUCACUGAAAUAAACGUCUUGACUCAUCCCCUCAUUGAAUAAGGAAUACACUUUGAACACAAGCAUUGUUUUAGGUUUAAUUAUGUUCUGAUACUGCAGAAAAGCAAAAUAUUUUACCUUCAAAACUAUGCAAAAUUUGUGUGUAGUGGCAUUUGAUGCAAAGACAAGAAUUCUUAAAUUUCUGUGAACCUGGUUUUAGGCCACGGAUGAACAGCGUUUCUCUGAGUAGCAGCGGUGUGGUUCAGGUAUGUUAAAUGUGGUUUAAAUGUAGCAUACUGACCAGCCUAAGCCGAUUGUAACCUUGCUUCAAAAUGUGUCUUUGCUAUUUCACUAUAAGACAAGUAUUUUCAUAUGAAGACUGCAUUUGAUCAGUUUGUGUUUCUCUUUGAAGGACUCUGGAUUCUCAAUCGCUUCUUGCUUGCUUACAUGUGUGCUGUCUGUCGCUUUAUGAAGCCUCUUAAAUUUGAGUGAUAACCUAUCAGUGUAAAUGUUCUUUGGGCGUGUAAGGUAUACUUAAUAAGAAGCAUGAGAGCCUACAAGUGAUGGCUUCAAUCUAUGCACCAUUAAAGUUGUUCUUGCUUUUGAACUAGGAGCUGGUUUAAUUACCUGGUGCCACAAUAGUUACCUAUCAUGAAAGGCUUACUGUUUGACUUCCUCCUGUUGUGUACAUGUGUAUAUAGACAUUGAAGCCUCUGACCAGUCUGAAAGUUUAAAUGAAAACUGUUAUAAUCAGUGUCCAUCACUGGAUAAGCGCUAAUUUAAUUCAUGAUUGUUUACAAAUUGGGAAAGAAUAAACAAAAGGGAAUAUCCUGUUUGGGUUGGGGCUCUGAAGAGCCUGAGCAUUAUUUUUGUAAAGGGAAAAACAGCAUUCUUUGUGCCAUUUCAUGUGCCUGUAAAGUAAUUUUUUUAUAUUGUAUUAACAUCCUGGGAACGAGUGGGCUGCCUUUGUUUUCUAGUCAAGUUUUCAAGCAUUUUCCUCAAUACCUGCAUUUGAAAGCGAGACCUGCCUAAAAGACUGCCUUUUGGGACCAGUGAAAGCAUUCUUGUAUAGUUGUCAUUUUCUGUUUACUUGUGUUAAAUGAAAGUGUGUUUUGGGACGAGGAUACGGUUAUUGCAGUGGGAAAGGUGGCCUUGUAUUUGAGACAGUCUUCACUGUGUAAACUUUAAAACACAAUAUGUAAAUUAAAGACCAUGAUCUUCAGGCAAUAAUAUUAAAGUGUAAGCUUUUAAAGUUUAUUUUGGGGAUCAUAGCUUGUUUUAUUUUUUGUGCUAUAAGAUUAACAGUAUUAAAUGAAUUAUAUUCUUAGAAUAUAUGGAGUGUCUUUUCUUAAGAUUAGUGCCUUUUUAAUUUCUUACUCCACUUAUUUCAUAGAACUGGUCCCAACAUCAAGCCACUGUGUUUUUUCUUCCCAGUGCCCUGUUUGUACAGUCUAAAUAAAACUUGCCUCAACUUACA